AAACACCAGUCCCUUUCCUGCUGACCUUGGCUGGACAAAAUGUCUGCCGCCUCUGCUUGUCGCUGGCUCGGCUCUACAACAGUCUCUGUUCUUUUCGAAUAUGAUACACCAAAAUUUGUGCACAUAAGGAACAAGAAAGUGGGUCUCCUCAACCGCCUAGUACAACUGGCUAUUGUAGGCUAUAUUAUUGGUUACGGUAUCGUGUGGGAGAAUGGUGCCCAGGAUAAGGAGCCGGUUCAGAGCGUUGUGACCACAAAGGUCAAAGGUGUAUCGGUGCUUAAUGCCACGAGACAAUUCAUGACUGACUGCAAUGAAUGGCCUAUACUGGAUCAUGUGGACUUGAUUGUACCAGCUCAAGAGCCAAACAGUUUCUUCGUUACUACCAACUUGUGGGCAACGUGUAACCAGAAGUAUGGCGUGUGUCCGGAAUUAUCUACUAUCCCUGAUGCUGUAUGUCUAACUAAUGAUAGCUGUCCACCAGGAAUUAUUUAUAGAACUGGAAAUGGUGUGACAACUGGUGAAUGUACCGGUUUCAAUGAAACAUGUCAGAUUAGGGGCUGGUGUCCGGUUGAAGAUGAAAAUGAUACUUUAACUGACGAAGGACCAAUUAUUGAUACCAAGGAUUUCACGGUCCUUGUAAAGAACUCUAUAUCUUUUCCUAAACUUGACAGCAGCUAUCGUGUUCGCAAUAUUCCUGAGCGAGCUAAUAACAAGUCAUACCUCAGUGGCUGUCAGUUUGAUCCUGACUCUGAAAUGGGUCUCUUCUGUCCUAUUUUCUCUCUCAAACAAAUAGUAGACAUGAUUAAUAGUUCUGAUGGCUACUAUGAAUCACUAGCAACUAAGGGAGCUGUGGUUGGUCUUGAGAUAUCCUGGGACUGUAAUCUCGACAGGAGUCCAACCCACUGUGUGCCUAAAUAUUCAGCAAGGAGGCUUGAUAAUCCAAACGCUCAGAUAUCUAAUGGUUUUAAUUUCAGAUACCCUAGAUACUACAGAGAUCAAAAUGGCGAUGAUGUAAGAGAUGUUUGGAAAGUAUACGGCAUCAAGUUUGAAAUAGUUGUCACAGGAGAAGGAAGAAAGUUCUCUUUUACAACACUGGUACUAGCCCUUGGAUCCACGAUAGCUCUACUGGCUAUUGCUACCACUGUUACUGAUGUCAUAGCUCUGUAUCUUCUUAAGAAAGGCACUUACUAUCGGGAGAAGAAAUAUCAAAAAGUAGCGAAAGAAGACGAAGAGAGUGUCACACUCAAAGCUUUGAAUCACAGUCAAGAAAAGUCGCCACUGUUGAGAGAAAAAAGGAAAGAAUAGUGCUGUCUGCUGAGACGUUAUUUUUCUGGCUGUUUUGUUUCAAGCCGAAAUUUAUAAAUGUGUGUUUUAUAUGACAUUUUAGUAAUAUGAUUUUAAUGUUUUAUUGCUGCUGUUUUUUCUCUUUUUCUGUAUUCAAAAUGUCCUCAUUGAGUUCUUUAUUGUCCAGUCCUUUCUCUGCAAUUGAUUUCUAUGAAUAAUAUCAAUUUUAGAAUCAUCAA